AUGGUGCCAAGCCAAAGUACCGGGACAAGAGCACGAAAAGGAAAGGCAGCGGAUCGUUGGUGCGUUCAAGACCGUUGCGCGUUAAAGUGUCGAAAAACUUUCGGGAAGAUAACCAUGAUAGGACAUUGGGUAUGCAACGGAUUGUGUGCUAGAAAGAAUAAACGUAAGAGUAGAACUUUUAUCUGA